AUGCGCUUCGUACUCGCUGCUAUCAUUGCUCUGCCCUCCGUGCUAGCAUGGGACUCUAAGGUUUGCAACGGUGUAGGCGGUUGCAACACGGGCACUUCGUUUUCCGAAGACCCGUUCAGGUGCCCUGACGGAUCGCGCCUGAACGUACAGCAAACAGCCAGCAACAUGAACGCGGUCGGUUCCGGUGAUUACACUGUAGUCUCUAAAGCUGAGUUUCCGACUACGUGUCUGGACGGAGCCAAGCCAGGCUCCAGCGAUACUCUGGUACUUCAUACCACCGAGUUUGGCCAGAAGGCGUACGUCUUCAUCCACGAGUCUUGUACUGUGACCAACCCAAUUGUUGGUGAUUGUUACAACCACAACCCGAACCCUUUCAGCACUACACUCUGCCAACUUGUUGACACCAAGGGCAAAGACUGUGCCAAGAACACUAAAGCUGAUGAAUGCGAAAAGUGGGGUACCAGCUGCUAG